UGGAGAUUCAUGUGAAAAUGACCCCCCUUUGACAUGAUGGAUCGGUUUGUUACAUGUAAGAGACGGAAACUCCAGAAAGAUGAUGAAGUGGAAGGGUCAAAUGGGUCAAGAAAUCAAUCAGUAGGGACAUCGGAAGAAAACAAACACGUGAACGUUAGACCUAAUCCGGAUUCUGCGGUGCUAAAACCUGUGAAAUGGCGACAAUACACUGCAGAGAAUUUAGAUUGUAAAUACACUGUCCUUUACUCUAGGUCGGAAGCAGACAAUCUCAUUUUAGAAUGUGAAAAGUCUCUAAGCUAUUUUACCGGGCAGAUGGCUCAAGUGCAAGUGUUCGGAAAGUGGCACGAUAUACCACGAAAACAGGCAGCCUAUGGUGAUGAUGGUCUGACGUACCGUUACUCCGGCAAUACCAUCGCUGCCACGCCAUGGACACCUCUAUUGGAGAACAUCCGGGACCGUGUUUCCAAGGCAACGGGAUGGACAUUUAACUUCGUUCUGAUUAAUAGGUACAAGGAUGGACGUGACCAUAUGGGAGAACAUCGCGAUGAUGAACGGGAACUCCAGCCCAAACAUCCUAUAGCGUCGCUGUCGCUUGGACAACCACGUGACUUUGUCUUCAAGCAUGCGCAAUCGAGAGGGAAAAAUGCUACUCGCAAGAUUGCGCCUGUAACAAUUAACCUUGAACAUGGCAGCUUGUUAAUGAUGAAUUAUCCGACCAACACAUACUGGUAUCAUUCUCUUCCACAGCGGAAAUCUCUGUUGGGACUCCGGAUCAACAUGACGUUUCGGAAAAUUGACCCCUCUAAAAUGACCCCUGUUACGUGAGCAGACUCGAUCAAGCCAAUGGAUAAUGAUGACUAUGAAAAUUUCUGCGAGUUCGCUGAUGCAGGCUCCUUCCAUCAACAUCAGAUUUUUUUAAUAUUACAUAAUUCUAAAUUGUAUUACAUAAUUAAUAUUAAUUCGCAGUGCUUGUUUUGUAUGAGGAUUUGCUUACUACAGCUUGAAAAGCCACUGUGAAGGUAUAGUUAUAUGAUUAUAUUGUAAUCGGUGUAUGUUCCAGAACUGUAGUCAUGAACCCUCAGAAUCAUCACAAUCUUGAGCCUUGUGCCCUUUCUCUGUCGCCUCCUCUGCACAAGUAACAAGUAAAUAAUUCAUGAAAUAGUGUCAGUACUGUUCCAUCGCUGCGCUAAGAAUGUACGGGGACUUAUGUAAGUAGAUGUGCUUGUUUCUGAAUCCAUUAAUUUUGAUGUAAUGUAUAUAAAAACAGUUCGUAGUAGUCCUUUAUGUCCUUAUACGUUGUAGUUCCCAAUGAA